CCCAUCAAAAUCCAACACAAACACCAAAUUUGCUGGCUGCCAUGGCGUCGUCGUUUACUCAUCAGAAAUGGACGGUGAUGGCAUUAUUCCUGAUUGGAUUUUUGUCUUUUGGUUGGGCUGCCAUUCUGUCCCGUGAGACUCAACAGCCUUGCAUUGCCAAUGGCAAGUUGAAAUCCUUCGCUCUGAAUGUGGAUCAGAAUGCUGAUUUUAUCCCACUAGCCAAUCAAGAUUUCAAAUGCGGAGUGGCCAAUAGUGCAGUGUCGAGGAUCGUCGGUGGGGAAGUGUCGGAACCGAACGAAUAUCCCUGGACGGUUUUUCUGAAUCUUUACUUUUGGAGUGGAGAUAGAGCCACUUGCACUGGGACUUUAAUCGGAUCCAAAUGGAUCCUAACUGCUGCCCAUUGCACUUUCGGGGUUGUCAACAUUUCGGUGGUUUUGGGGUCGCACGACACGUCUGCCGGAAACGAACCUCAUCGUCAAACUGUUGUCGUUCCGGCUCAGAAUAUUAAAACUUAUCCCGGUUUUUAUUACGGCAAAACGGAAGACGAUAUGGCGUUGCUGGAACUGCCCCAGGAAAUCAACUAUUCCAAAUAUAUCUUACCGGCCUGUCUUCCGUAUUCCGAUGAUUCCGACCAAGUUGGAGAUCCUGUGACUCUCGCCGGAUGGGGAAACUAUUCCAGUACUCCGGAUUCCGGUUUGAGUCCUGAAUUGCGCAAGGUUCAAACGACAGUUAUUUCUUCAUCCGGUGACAACGGCCAAUGCCAACAACUGUGGGGCAACGGGCCCUUUUCCGGUGAAAAAGUCAUUUGCGGCGAUGGAUCCACCGGAAAUCGUUUUUGCUAUGGAGAUGAUGGUGGGCCGAUGAAUUAUUUCAACAACUUUACGGAAUCGUACACGGUCGUAGGAGUGGCCUCGCUAGGUGACGCUACAGUCAACUGUCAAAGUUCCCGACUUCCUAAUAUUUACGGUCGAGUCCGGUACUACCUGGACUGGAUCUACAACAACACCGACAUCACUCCUACUCCAAAACCUACAACCACAACGACAACCACCACAACAACUACAACCACAACGACGACCACAACAACAACCACAACGACGGAAGAUCCGACCGUUUUUAGUUGCAGAAACAAACCGGACGGUAUCUACGCCAAUCCAUUCGAUGAUUGUUCAAUCAUCUUCUACAUGUGCUCCAAUAGUAACAAAUACGAAUACAUUUGCCCAGACGCUGGAACUGUUUUUAAUUCGCAAAUUUGUGCAUGCGACUUCCCAUACAACGUACCGGCGUGUGGGGUCUCCAAUACAGUAAUUAAUUAAAAUAAAAUUUAAUAUUACUUAAACUGAAAUUUAUUCGCUUCAAAUUUAUUUCGUUUCUCUUGCUAUUGUAUAUUGCACAUGAGAAUUGAGAACCUUUUUUCUUGAUAUAUACUACAAAAUCAAAAUUCAAAU